AUGAGUGAAGAAAUGGAUACAGAAUACGAUGUGAUCGUUCUAGGUACAGGGAUCACUGAAUGUAUUUUAUCAGGGUUAUUAUCUGUUGAUGGUAAGAAAGUUUUGCAUAUCGAUAAACAGGAUCAUUAUGGUGGUGAAUCUGCUUCUGUCAGUUUAUCUCAAUUAUACUCCCAAUUUAAGAAAAAUCCGAUUGGUAAAGAUGAAAUUGAAGCUAAAUUUGGUAAAGACAGAGAUUGGAAUGUUGAUUUAAUUCCUAAAUUUUUGAUGGCUAAUGGUGAACUAACCAAUAUAUUGAUUCAUACUGACGUUACUCGUUACGUUGAGUUUAAACAAGUUUCGGGAUCAUAUGUGUUUAAACAAGGAAAGAUUUAUAAAGUUCCUGCUACAGAAAUGGAAGCAAUUUCUUCUCCAUUAAUGGGUAUCUUUGAGAAACGUAGAAUGAAGAAAUUUUUGGAAUGGAUUAGUAGUUAUAAAGAAGAUGAAAUAAGUACUCAUCAAGGUUUGGACUUAGAUAAGAAUACAAUGGAUGAAGUUUAUUAUAAAUUCGGUUUAGGUAAUUCCACUAAAGAAUUCAUCGGACAUGCUAUGGCUUUAUGGACAAAUGAUGAUUAUUUACAACAACCUGCAAGACCUUCUUAUGAAAGAGUUCUCUUAUAUUGUCAGAGUGUGGCUCGUUAUGGUAAAUCUCCUUAUUUGUACCCAUUGUAUGGUCUUGGAGAGUUACCUCAAGGGUUUGCUCGUUUAUCUGCAAUUUAUGGUGGUACUUAUAUGUUAGAUACACCUAUUGAAAAGGUUUUCUAUUCCAAUGAUGACGCAGAGAAUGGGAAAUUCGAAGGUGUACAAACUAAAUUAGGUACUUUUAAAGCUCCUUUAGUGAUAGCUGAUCCAACAUAUUUCUCUCAUAAAUGUAAAUCUACUGGUCAAAGAGUCAUUAGAGCCAUUUGUAUUUUGAAUCAUCCAGUGCCAAACACUAGUGAUGCUGAUUCUUUACAAAUCAUUAUUCCUCAAUCUCAAGUAGGUAGAAAAAGUGAUAUCUAUAUUGCUAUUGUAUCUGAUGCUCAUAAUGUUUGUUCUAAAGGACAUUACUUGGCUAUCAUUUCUACUAUUGUUGAAACAGACACUCCACAUAUCGAAUUGGAACCUGCUUUCAAAUUACUGGGGCCUAUCGAAGAAAAAUUCAUGGGGAUCGCAGACUUGUUUGAACCAAAAGAAGAUGGCUCCAAAGAUAACAUCUAUCUAUCCAAAUCAUACGAUGCGUCCUCUCAUUUCGAAUCCAUGACAGAUGACGUGAAGGACAUCUACUUCAGAGUUACAGGACAUCCCCUAGUCUUAAAGAAAAGAAAUGACCAAGAAUCACAACAACAAGAAUGA